AGCUCGUACUGACAAGUAGCGACAAACGUAACAAAUAUUGCGGCAAAUGAAAUACUUUGGUGUACGGCAGAGGUGCAGAGUUUGCUGGAAAUUUUGACGGACUACAGUAUCCAGGAACAACUAGAUGCAAAAUACAAGAAGUCCGAGAUAUCUGUUAAAAUACGGGGCUACCUUCUUAUAUGUGCAGCACGAUUCAAUUGUAUUCGCUUAGUUGCUUACUGGAUAAAUCUAUGAGGGCUGUGUGUCAAUGCACGCAAGACAACCCCAGAUAAAUCGCAAAAUAAGGACAAUCAUGAGCUCCGAUAUUCUGUGCAGUAGUGCUGUUCUUCAACACAAAAGACAACGCAGGAAACAGAAAAGCACAACACAGAAAGUAGCACGGUGAUAACGAAAGCGUGUUCAGGCCUGAAACUUUAAGUGCAAUGUGUGCGCUGAUCUGAGAGGCAGUCAUACUAAGUCACAAAAAUAGCUGUGAGUUACAUGAAUGACACAGGAAACCAAGCAAACUGACUUAAAUUUUUUAAAUAUUUCCCCUGCACUUGCAUGUUCGCCCCAUGUCGGUAUGGGGUUUCCUCUGGGUUCUCCUGUUUCACCCCACAGUCCAAAAACAUGCUGAGAAACGACAGAGACAGUGAAGGUACAGAGGAUGAGGAAGUGAGUGUCAGUCUCCACAGAUCUGGGCUCAGUGACACACACACGUAUGGAUCCUCUGAUGCUCCUGUUUCUUCUCAUUGCUGGGCUCACAGGUGCUGACAGUGUGUCCACAGUUGGAUGGGUGACUGUACAGAGAGGAGGAUCUGUCACCAUCCCAUGUUUCUAUGAUGACAGAUAUAAGGCACAUGUGAAAUCCUGGUGUAAAGGGAGUUAUUGGAAGUCAUGUACUCCCAUAGUACACACUGACUCUCGACAGGAGGGUAACGUGUCAAUCAGAGAUGAUCCUGACCAGCGAGUCUUCACUGUGACCAUGAACAAUCUGACAGCUGGGGACUCUGGUUGGUACUCAUGCUUUGUAAAUAUUAGUGGAGCUUCAGAUGUUGGAGAUCGGGUUUACCUGUCAGUCACUGAAGGAGGGUAAAGUGUCAGUCAGAGAUGAUCCUGACCAGCGAGUCUUCACUGUGACCAUCAACAAUCUCACAGCUGAGGACUCCGAUCGGUACUGGUGUGGUGUGAAGCAUAGUGGAGCCUCAGAUGUUGGAGAUCGGGUUAACCUGUCAGUCAUUGAUGGUCCUCCAGGGCUGUCAGUGGAGAAACAGGAGGUGACGGGUGUGGAUGGAGACAGUGUCAGUGUUCAGUGUUACUAUGGAAACAACAGAAGACAUAGGAUGUGGUGUAAGAUUGGGGGCUCCUGUGCAUCAGAGAGAUCUGGGAGUUUGGAUGGGAGGCCUGUCCUGAUCAGGGAUGACACAGAAAAUAAAACCUUCAUUGUGACAAUGAGUGGGCUGAAGAGGAAGGACACUGGCUGGUAUUGGUGUGCUGCUGGAAUCCUGCAGAUUCCAGUUCAUAUUACUGUUAAACGUCCCGGUUCCCGUGUCCCGUCUGUCGCCUCCUCCCUGGCACGCCCGGUGAAGCGCGCCUUUGGAGGGGGGGUUCUGUCAUGACCUGCUCGUCGGCUCCUCAUGUGUGCCACGCCCCCUGCUUACCCACGUGUUCUUUCCCGAUUGUACCCAGCUGCCUGCCUGCACCACCCCGAUCGUGACAGAUACUUUACCCAACACCCGAGGCCUGCAGCGGGGCGUCCGGGCCUAUGCCAGAGCCCCAGACUUGUGGUGCUAGAGA